CAAAACACAUUAACGCUAGCCUAAACAUGUCAGGUGGACGUCUGGCUGUGUCAACAUAGCUUUUCCAUAACGUUAUACUGUAUGAGGGUAUAGAUGCAAUAUUGUGCCACAUAUUAUUAUAUAAUGCAUGCCGUUCUCUGUAAUAUCUGCAUUUUAUCUUGCAACCUAAGUUAUUCCGUGGCUAUAAGCGUUAUCGUUAACUGAUUUAGCAUAUCUUUUUUUAUCUUCACAGUUAAUAAACUUCACUUGCUGGAAAGGGACGAGCGGUCAGAUUGUUUCAUUCUGACCUUGCUAUCCUGAUAGCCAAGCUUUAAGUAACCGGAAUAGAUUUAUCUUAAGUGGUUGGCUGACACUAAUAAUAGUCACUGAGCUGGUAAUUGGAACAGUGCUAAGUUAGAGCAGCGGAGUGCUAGUCGUUAGCUAAUCAACUACCCAUUCAGAACAUAACCAGCAUGGACGACAACACAUCAUCAUCAGGAGAGUCCAAAAGCGGUCUCACCGGACUUCUCCGGGGGACCACACCUGGGUACUCCAACACGGAUCUAGCUGGUGUUCCAUUGACUGGCAUGAGUCCCCUGUCGCCAUACCUGAACGUAGAUCCAAGAUACCUUUUACAGGACACUGACGAGUUCAUUCUGCCCACGGGUGCCAACAAGACGAGAGGGCGCUUUGAGCUGGCCUUCUUCACCAUCGGGAGCUGCUGCAUCUCAGGUGCUGUGUUUGGAGCACUUAACGGGCUCUGUAUGGGGUUGGCGGAGACCAAAGACAUGUCAUGGUCCAAGCCACGGAACGUGCAGAUCCUGAACCUGGUGACCCGCCAGGGGGCCACCUGGGCCAACACACUGGGCUCUGUGGCCUUGUUGUACAGUGUAUUUGGAGUGGUCAUUGAGAAAGCCAGAGGAGCUGAGGAUGAUGUCAACACUGUGGUUGCCGGGACGAUGACAGGUGUGCUCUACAAAUCACCAGGUGGCAUAAGGACUGCGGUACGUGGGGGGCUGGUGGGUCUGGCUCUGACGGGGGGCUACGCGCUCUACAACAACUGGCACCACCUGAAGGGCAGCAGCUCCCACAGCCGCUACUGACCACGAGCAUGCUGGGAUACUGGAGGACCGCCGAGAUGCCUCCAGAUGCAACGCUGCUCGCCAUCAUGCAUUAAUCUGAUUGGUCAGCUUGCUAUCAUACAUUAAUCUGAUUGGUCAGCUCGCUAUCAUACAUUAAUCUGAUUGGUCAGCUCGUCAUCAUGCAUUAAUCUGAUUCUUCUUUGCACUCAUCGAUAAGCCAACUCCACAAGCGCCUCUCACCUACCAAUGGGAAUCCAUCUGGUCAUCAGUGAUGCUAGCACCCAAAAGUACGGGUCACACAGACCUGUAGAUUAAAUAGCUGUGCAUUGCGUGUGUGUCUCUGACAGCAGGACUUCAAGUUCUCAGGGCCAACAAGCACAGGGUAAAGCCCUGAUGCAGUUGUGUGUGCGUGUAUUUGAGUGACAGUCUUAAGUUCUGCUCCCCUGUAAUUUUGCUGCUUUCUCUGAUAGGAGAGAUAAAUAAAGCUUUGGCUUAUUUCUAUUCAUUUCAUAAAUGAAGGUCCUCUGUAAGAGGUAAGGUAUGUGAUUUAUAAAUGUCUAAGUGCACUAACUCCAGACCAGGAGGCCUGGAUUUGUCCCUGAUCUCUGGCUACUGAAAUGAAAAUGUAUCCUUGUAACAUGGUUUUGAUCUUUGAGCAUGCUUUAAUAAGUGUUUUUAAAAUUCUAUAAGCACUGUUUUGAUCUUUGAGUAUGCUUUAAGCAGUGUUUUGAGUAUACUUUAAGCAGUGUUUUUUAGUAUGGUUUAAGCAGUGUUUUGAGUAUGCUUUAAGCAGUGUUUGAGUAUGCUUUAAGCAGUGUUUGAGUGUGCUUUAAUCGGUGUUUUGAGUAUGCUUUAAGCAGUGUUUUAUGUAUGCUUUAAUCAGUGUUUUAUGUAUGCUUUAAUCAGUGUUUGAGUGUACUUUAAGCAGUGUUUGAGUAUGUAUGCUUUAAUCAGUGUUU